AUGCCCGACGUUCCGCUGACUCACAUCCGCGACGGCUGCCCUAGGUGAUCUGAUGCAACCCUUCAGUCAAGGAAGACUUCAGUGCACGUUGGGGUGACCAGGCGGUGGUGGUGCAGUGUCGAUGUCCUCGGACGUGAUCAGUUCGACUGCAGGCAUGGUACUAGCAGAGCUGUAUGUCUCUGAUCGAGAAGGAAGUGAUGCAACAGGAGAUGGAUCCAAGGAGAAACCAUUUAAAACAGGCCUGAAGGCUUUGAUGACAGUUGGAAAAGAGCCGUUUCCCACCAUUUAUGUGGACUCACAAAAGGAAAAUGAGAGGUGGGACGUUAUUUCUAAGUCACAGAUGAAGAACAUUAAAAAGAUGUGGCACAGAGAACAGAUGAAGCAUGAUUCUCGGGAGAAGAAAGAGGCAGAAGAUAACUUACGAAGAGAGAAGAACCUGGAGGAAGCAAAAAAAAUUAUCAUUAAAAAUGACCCAAGUCUGCCAGAGCCAGCAUGUGUAAAGAUUUCUGCAUUAGAAGGAUAUAGAGGCCAGAGAGUGAAGGUGUUUGGCUGGGUUCACAGGUUACGUAGGCAAGGAAAGAAUUUGAUGUUUCUGGUGUUGCGAGAUGGCACAGGCUAUCUUCAGUGUGUCUUGUCAGAUGACUUGUGUCAGUGUUACAAUGGAGUAGUCUUGUCCACUGAAAGUAGUGUGGCAGUCUACGGAACACUAAACCUAACUCCCAAGGGCAAACAGGCUCCCGGCGGCCAUGAGCUGAGCUGUGACUUCUGGGAACUGGUGGGGCUAGCCCCCGCUGGAGGGGCUGAUAACCUGAUCAAUGAGGAGUCCGAUGUGGACGUCCAGCUCAACAACCGGCACAUGAUGAUCCGCGGAGAGAACAUGUCCAAAAUCUUGAAAGCACGGUCCAUGAUCACCAGGUGCUUCAGGGACCACUUCUUCGACAGGGGCUACUGCGAAGUUACUACUCCGACCCUGGUGCAGACGCAGGUGGAAGGCGGGGCCACCCUCUUCAAGCUUGACUAUUUUGGGGAAGAAGCAUUUUUGACCCAGUCCUCCCAGUUGUACCUGGAGACCUGCCUUCCGGCCUUGGGAGAUGUUUUCUGUAUUGCCCAGUCAUACAGGGCCGAGCAGUCCAGAACACGGAGGCACCUGGCCGAAUUCACUCACGUGGAAGCCGAAUGUCCUUUCCUGACUUUUGAGGACCUCCUGAACCGUUUAGAGGACCUCGUGUGUGACGUGGUGGACCGAGUCUUGAAGUCACCAGCGGGGAGUAUAGUGCAUGAGCUCAACCCGAACUUUAAACCCCCCAAGCGGCCUUUCCGACGGAUGGAUUACUCAGACGCCAUUGAGUGGCUGAAGGAGCACGAUGUGAAGAAAGAAGACGGGACAUUCUAUGAAUUUGGAGACGAUAUUCCCGAAGCUCCCGAGAGAUUGAUGACAGACACCAUUAAUGAACCAAUCCUGCUGUGUCGGUUUCCUGUGGAGAUCAAGUCCUUCUACAUGCAGCGCUGUCCCGAGGAUCCUCGACUUACUGAAUCUGUUGACGUUUUGAUGCCCAAUGUUGGUGAGAUUGUGGGAGGCUCGAUGCGCUCCUGGGACAGUGAAGAAAUUCUAGAAGGCUAUAAAAGGGAAGGAAUUGACCCUGCUCCUUAUUACUGGUACACAGAUCAGAGAAAAUAUGGUACAUGUCCUCAUGGAGGCUAUGGCUUGGGUUUGGAACGGUUCCUAAGUUGGAUUCUGAACAGGUAUCACAUCCGAGAUGUGUGCUUGUACCCUCGAUUUCUCCAGCGCUGCCGGCCAUAACUUCCUUCA